UUCCCCUCCCUCACUUGUGACUUUUGAACUUCCCUUCUCACUUCUCUUCUCAGUCAUUGUGUUGUCCUCACUGUUUAGUUUGUUUACAAACAUGGCAAUGUACUGUUUCUGACAAGAGUUAAGUACCUGUUCUCGAAGACCUCGUGAUUGGAAUUUGAUACGGUUGCCAGCCCGGGUUGCAUCUUCUCAUGACCCAGUUCUUCUUAGUACCUUCCGCUAUGUUCAUGGAUUAGUGUUCGCAACAGACAACAUAUACAGUAGUGUCACCAGUGACAGUGCCUGUGUAGAUGUCUAUGGGAUUGGAAUUUAAACCCACCACAGGAGUCGGGUUUCGAGUUCGAGAAAAGUAGGCUAAAACAAGCUUACAAGCUAAAGGAAGUGUGCAGGCAGUUUUGAAUAGGUUAAUUCGAGAUUUUUCCUUUUAAAUUAAAUUCCAAUAAUCUAGAGAAAAUUCUUCGUGUAAAAGAAUCUCUACCCAGUACCCUGUAAAGUGAGUGCCAGCCAGAGUAUUUUUUUCUUCUUAUUUUGGGACAGACCAGGCUGUAGAAGGUCCCGUCGGUCUGGACGAUCUAGAUCUAAUUGAUCUAUAGAGACAAAAGUAUCAUGAGUAGUAUGCUUUCAAGAUUAGUUGGAUCUUUCAAACGCAGUGCACCACCCUCAAAUCGUCACAGAAGGUCUCUUGAUCCGGAGGAUGAUGAUGAUGAUGAUGAGACGUCCUGGAUACCUCAUGAUCAUGAUUUUGCUGAGAGGAAUGUCUACUCAAGACCAGAGUUCCUUUCUAUGUCACUUGAGGAAGAAGACAUUUCCUGUGAUCAUGCCAUCAGACCUGUGAUUCGGCCAAAUGACAGAGACAGAAUACCUCUUGGAGCAGGUUAUGCAGAGUGCAUAAAUGGUGGUAAGUCUGCAAAAAAUGAAGAUCAAGCUGCCGUUGGUAACUUCUUUCUGCCACAUGAGCCCAAUGGUCUUACUGAUGAUUCCAGAAAGAUGGAUGUUAUCGAGGUGCAGUACUUUGCUGUCUUUGAUGGUCAUGCUGGUCCCGGGGCUGCUCUCAUGGCAGCUGAUCAGCUCGUCAAUCACUUGCAGGAAAAACUUGUUGAUGUCCAAGAAGACCUGUUCAACCUGAGAAUUCGAGAGUCUUACGCAUGUGCUUAUGUUCGUGACCCCAGUCUGGUCAUCACUGUUGACAGCUUAGUGAGAGGGGCUCUCGAGGCGGCCUUUGUUGCUUUUGACGAGCAAAUCGCUCAAGAACGUUUAUCAUUUAAAAUCUCUGGAGGCUGCACAGCUUUGGUUGCCUUGGUCAUGUUGGACAAGGUGUAUGUGGCACACGCAGGGGAUGGAAGGGCUGUUGCAUUUAUGGGGAAUGAGGUAAUCACUAUGGCAACGGAGUUUACCCCAGAGACAGAUGGAGAAAGGAUACAGUAUUUGGCUCACGUGAACCCAGCUCUGACUCACAACUUCUUCAGUGAUAAUCAUUUUCUUCGGCCGCUGGGCAAGAAAGAUAUCGGCACCAGAGUCUUAUGUAGGGGGCCUCAAAGAUCUGGAUGGCACUAUAAAGAAGUCACGGAAAGAGAUGUGUUCUGUCCCCCUUUGGUUGCUGGAACAGGGAAAUGGGCCCGUCUCAUGGGGAUUCUUGGUGUGACCCGUGGAUUUGGAGACCAUAGCCUGGUCGUUCCAGGUUCAAGAAUUCAAGUAAAGCCUUUCCUGACACCAGUACCGGAGGUGCGGGUUUUGAAUCUGAAGGACAAGACUGUGACCGAAGAUGACAUCCUCAUCAUGGGCUGUGAUGGCUUGUGGGACAUGCUGCGGACCGAGCAGGUCGGGGCCACUGUGAAACAGUCACUAGCUAAGAGCAAGGAAGACAAGAAUCCUGAUAGGCUCACCCAAGUAGCAGUCGACCUGCUUCUGCUGGCAAGGGGAGACAAUGCUGGAAAAGGCUGGAAGAUGAAGGAUGGCUGUGAUGCGUCUUUUGAUGAUAUUACCGUGUUUGCAAUCCCAUUGAACCGAUGUCUUGCCAGCCAGCUGAAAAAAUCGCGAUGAUCGCCUCCAACCUAUUGUUGUCAUCUGAUUAAACCUUUUCUAUGUACUGUUGUCUUAAGAAAUAGGUUAAAUUUCAGGUUGUUCUUUUUUUAUUUUUAGAUUCAUUCCUGCUUUGUUAUCCCUUUUCUCCUUUUGUUGUGCAUUUACCUAGUGUUAAGAAAAGUUACCGGAAGAUUAAACUCAAAAUUUGCCAUUGGGAAUUACAUGUCUGUACUGACCUCCAUCUUUUCAUGGUUUGAACAUAUUCAGAUGGAGGUGAUUGUUAAAAAAAAAUAUUUGUUUUGACUGACAAGACUUAUUGAAUUUUGACCCAUGUUUAAGUUACUUGUAUAUUUUUUACUUAGGCAUACAAUGCAUUGAGGUAUCUUUUGUUUGGUUUGUUUUUGGGUGCCAAAAAUCAGUUACAAAUUUUUGUGUGUGCUCAGGAACAAGGUUUGUGCCUUCUGACCUUCCCUCAAUCUGUCAAGUUUAUGUUUUUGCUUUGCUGCCAUUAAUGUUGUCGCUGCUCUAAUAAUUGAGAAAUAUUCAACUGUCAACUGUAAGUUUAUUUCCAAUCACCAUCUUGCAUUCCAUUUAUAUAAGCUCUUUAGAUGGGGAAUGACACUCACAGUGUUUAUUGGGAAAUCCCUUAACCACAAAAGAGCACUAUCGGCCUUUAUUGGUACAGUGGAACUCGGAUUUAACAAGGUUGCCGGGCCUGACCUAAAAUCUCCUUGAAUCCGAGUGUUCGUUAAGUUAUAGCAAACAUGAGGUUUUGUGUAGAUAAUUACAGGCACUGAGCAAGUAAUGUAUAAAGAGAAGUAACAAGUGGGCUUGAAAUGCCUGCCUAUUAUGAGCUGUGCCAAAAAAAGACCGUUUCGUUAAAAUGCACGCCUGGAUUGUUUGCCAAAAAGUUGUGUUGCUGUGUGGAGCCUAGCCUAGAAUACGGCGACUUUAGAUUCCUUUGACCAGCAUACAAUUCAUUACGUAGAUCACUAGCCUAUCAUUGUAAUAGUGAUCAGUUGCCCAGGGAAAAAAGACUGUUAUUCGUUUGUGUCUGUGACGUUCCACGCCCGGACCUCUGGUGCCCCCCUACACGCACACACAGUCACACAUGUGAGGCGGCCAUCCGACCCCGACACACGCGUGCCAACAACGCAUGUGUUGGUAUGAAAGAAGGCCGCUGAUUGGCCACAUGCAGUCGGCUAAGUGAAUAGUGGUUCACGAAGCAGGUGCAAUGGAUUGUUUCCGGGAAUAGAUCAAGCUCAUUGUGGGAGAAAAAUGAGCGAAGCCACGUCUGCGGGGGCUGUUCACCCUGGA